CUCUGGGGUGGCUCAUUACAAGCCCAGAUGGAUGGCAGAACAACCAAUCCCCUUUGGUGGGCCACAAUUACUGUAUCUGCACAGUCCCACCCAAUUGCUUGAGUAAAAAAAAAAAAAAAUUUUUAGUUAUAAAACCAUGGCUUGAAAGGCCAUAUUAAGUAAUUCGCUGCACCUUGGUGAUGAAUAGUAAAAUAUUAAGUUGUUAUCAUGCAGGGAGACAAUAUUAUGAAAGGGUUAAUAGUGGUUAAUAAAAUGGGUUUGAAUCCUGCCUCUGGGUAAGUCAUUCCUGGCUGUGAAUGGGGGCGAUAAACCCUGCCUCACAGGGGUGCUGCAGAAACUUUUAGGAAAUAAUGUAUACAAAGUAAGCAGUGCCUGGAUUGGAGCAAGUACUCACUGUUGAGUAACUGUAUUAUCAAUAAAACCUCUGUAAGUUGAAAAUUUCACAAGGAGGGCAGAAAAUUUAAACGAGGAUAUGCAAAUAAUACCAACUAAGAGAUAGAAAUACCACCAUUUUGCUACAACCGUUGUAAUGAUUGAUUCAAGAAAGGAUCAUUGAUGGAUGCUAAAUCACUGGGUGAAAGAUUAUUGUGGGAGAACAAGAUAUUUGUGAAAAAGUGUCCUUUUACAACGGAGAGAUCUUGAGAACACUUGAAUGUAAUCCACCACCUAAUACUGAGAAAAUAAUUAGAUGAAUAUGAACUGGGGAACAUUCGGCUUGGAGUGGACUUUUCAAAAAACACCAAUGUCUUGAAAGAGAUAAUAAGGCAGGAGAAGUGUGGAAGUGUUCUAGAAAAAAGGGCAUUGAUUGCUAUGCGUAGGAAUAGACUUGAUGGCAACGGGUUUGGUUUUGGGUUUAUAGAGAAAUGAAAACUCAAUGCAUGAUUUUUGACUGAACUCUGGAUUGAAAAAAAAAAGGAGCAAAGGACCUUAUUGAGCUAAAUGGGGAAAUGUGAUUAUGUACUGAUUAUAGUAUUGUAACAAUAUUAAAUUUCUUGAGUAUGAUCGUUCCGUUGUGAUUAUUUCAAACAAUACCCUUUUAUCCCGCUAGUAAGAAUCGACUAGAAAGCAAUGGGUUUGGUUUUUUGGGUCAUCCUUGUUCUAAGGAUCCCUGGUGGUGUGGUAAUUAAGUACUUGGCUGAUAACCGAAAGGUCAGUGGUUCGAAACCACCAGUGGCUCCUGGGGAGAAAGAUGCGGCAGUCUGCUUCCAUAAGGUCUAAACCCUCCCAAAAUAGCGACCCUAUAGGACAGAGUAGAACUGCCCUACAGAGUUUCCAAGGAACGCCUGGCAGAUUUGAACUGCCGACCCUUUGGUUAGCAGCUGUAGCACUUAACCACUAUGCCACCAGGGUUUUCAAAGCUUGGAAACCCUAUGGGGCAAUUCUGUUCUGUCCAUUAGGGUGGCUAUGAGUCAGAAUCGACUUGACGGCAACAGGUUUGGUUUUGAUCCUUAUUCUUGAAGGAGCCCUGGUGGUGAAAUGGAUAAGUGCUCAGCUGCCAAACAGAAGGUCAGUGGUUUGAACCCACCAGCUGCUCCGUGGGAGAUAGAUGUGGUAGUCUGCUUCUGUAAAGAUUACAGCCUUAGAAACCCUAUCGUGGCAGUUCCACUCGGUCCUAUAGGGUUGAUAUGAGUUGGAAUGGACUCGACAGCAAUGGGUUAUCAUUGUUCUCAGUAUUUAAGGCACCAGGAGUAUUUGGAGUGAUGUGCGAUACUUUCAAUUUAUUACCAAACGGUUCAGGGAAAAAAAAAAGUGUGUGCGCUUCUGUGUGUGUGUGUGUGUGUAUGUAUGUAAGAGAGAGAAAGCAGCAAGUAUAGCAAAAUAUAAACAACUGGUGAAUCUAGAUAAAGGCUAUAUAGGUGUUCAUUGUACUAUGCCCUCAACUUUUCUGUAGGUUUGACAUUUUUCAAAAUAAAAAGUUGGGGAUAAAAAUCAGAGUAUGCAAAAAGACAGAAACAGAUAACUGAGUUAAAAGUCAGCUCAGCCACAUAGAACUAUUAACUUUGGAGCCACCUGUGUCUAAGUGCAUGGAAGAGUGCCCUAGUUCUCAGGUGUGCUCUCACAGAGCAAGGGUAGAGUCAGCUCUGGGGACAAAGUAAUGAAGAUAGGUUCCAGAUAUUGCAUUUAGAUGCCUCUGUGUUGCCAGAGGAACCAGAUGAUGGAACUGCAUCAACAGAGGUGCCACCAGGGCUUGUCUCCUGCAGUGCCCUUUGGGCCUCACCUGCCUUCUUGGGCAGAGGAAGGCAAAGCUCACAGGGUUGUAUUUGCUGUGUCUUCCCCCUGCCAUUGGCUCUGGUGGAUCCAUAAAGCUCAACAAUCUGAAUGAGAACAGUUGGCCAGAGAUGCUGACCUUCAUCAUUGUCCUCUCCAGCAUGGUAUCAGGGGCUAUAUUCCCAGCCCUCACGCUCUCUGGCAGCUCAGUAUCCUGGGAUAAAGAAACAGUGAAGUGUCUGAGUGCCCAUCCAAGGAUGGAGAGUCUGGAAUCUAGUCCAGACCCUUCAUUACAGACUUACGUACCUUUCUGCAGCACAGCCAGUGGAGGCAAGAGCUUGGGGUUCUGGAGAAUCCUGUGUCUGGCAAGGCAUUGUGUCCUCCCAGCUGGAAAAGCCUCUGAAUCUAUGAGAAAGAGACUAUGAGCCAGUGUUGACACACCCAUGGCCUCAGUGUCAGUUUCCACCAAAUCACAGAGCAUUUCCUGUGUCUUUUCCUUCAGUUCACAAGACACCUCUUCUUACCCUCUGGGCUCCAUAACAAACGGCUGCUUCUCCUAGAAGCCAGCCAGCCAGCUCUGGCUGCUCCUGGCCAGUGCCAUGGCCAAGACACCUAGUGACCAUCUUCUGAACUCCCUGGAGGAGCUGGUGCCCUAUGAUUUUGAGAAGUUCAAGUUUAAGCUGCAAAACACCAGCCUGGAGAAGGAGCAUCCCCAUGUCCCCCAGGGCCUGCUCCAGAAGGCAAGACCAGUGAAGCUGGCCACUCUGCUGGUCAACCGCUACGGGGAGAAGGAUGCUGUGCGGCUGACUCUGCAGGUACUGCGGGGCAUCAACCAGCACCUCCUCGCAGAGGAGCUCCACAAGGCACUGGCCAGGGGAAAAACGGUCACUGUUGAUAUCAAGGCUACUGUGGCUCCAGAGAAAUGUUCUAGGAAUCCAGAAAGAUCUGUGAUCCAAGAGGGAGGAACAUUCAGGGAUGUACUCACCAAUGUGUCCCUGACCAGAGGGGAGAAAACCACAGCACCCUUGGAGGAAAAUGGAAUUGGAAGUCCAGAGGCCCCUGGGAAACUCCAUGAGCCUACAAAUCCAAAAGCCCUUCCAUCUUCGGGGAAGAAAGGGCCCCAGAAUCCAGGACACCUGACAUCCUUAGGCAUGGUAGCCUGUGAAGGGAGGCCAUGGGAAGGAGACUUGGUUGGUGGUACCUGUGUACAUGGUUCCAGCAGCUGCUCAGGGGGCCGCAGGGCCUUGGACGGCCAUUCGCACAGGUGCCCCCGGUGCCAGACCCCACUCCCGAACAAGCAGCUGCUGUGCAGCCUAAGCCCUGAGCCUCCGUCCCAGUGUGAGCGGCACGUGAAGCAGCCCUGUCUACUCUUCUGUGAGGACCACGGGGAGCCUAUCUGCCUUAUCUGCAGCCUGAGUCAGGAGCACCGAGGCCACCAGGUGCACCCCAUUGAGGAGGUCGCCCUGCAAUACCAGGAGCAAAUUCAUCAGCACCUGGAGCAUCUGAAGGAGUUGAGAAAAUCUGGGGAGGGGCAGAAAACCCGGGGGGAUAAGGAGACAGCCAACUUCCUGAAACAAACUGAAGCCCAGAAGCAGAAGGUCUGACGUCAGAUGCAGCAGCUGUGCCGGUUUCUGGAGAAGCAGGAGCAGCUCUUUGUGGCCUGGCUGGAGGAGCUGGGCCAGACCAUCGGCCAGGUUGGGGAAAAGUACGGCAGCCGGGUGUCCCAGGACAUUGCUCUUCUCGACAAGCUUAUCAGCGAGCUGGAGGCCAAGCAGCACCAACCAGCAUGGGUGCUUGUACAGGACAUUGGAGUCACCUUGCACAGGGCCAAGACAGUGACCAUCCCGGAGCGGUGGGCCACCCCUCCAGAGGUGAAAGAGAAGAUCCACCUCUUCUACCAUAAGUCAGAGUUUGUGGAGAAGAGCUUAAAGCGCUUCUCCGAAAGCCUCCGUUCAGAAAUGGAAAUGUUCACUGUUUCAGAACUAACAGCUGCUCAGGCACAUGCAGAAACCACCCAUCCCAACCUCAUCUUCUCUGACGACCUUAAGAGUGUGAGACUUGGAAACAAGUGGGACCGGCUGCCUGAAAGCCCAGAACGGUUCAAUAGCUGCAUUCUGGCCCUGGGCUCUCCGACCUUCCUCUCCGGCUGCCAGUACUGGGAGGUGGAGGUGGGAGACAAGACAGGCUGGAUCCUGGGAGCGUGCAAAGCAACUACGAGCAGGAAGGGGAGCGUGGCUCUGUCGCCCGAGAAUGGCUACUGGGUUCUGAUGAGGACAAUGCACAAUGAGUACCAGGCCUCUGCCUUCCCCCCGACCUGCCUGUGGUUGAAGGAGCCACCACAGUGGGUGGGUAUCUUCCUGGACUACAAGGCUGGAAACAUUUCCUUUUACAAUGUGACAGCCAAAUCCCACAUCUACACGUUCACCUGCUGCUUGUCCUCAGGGCCCCUUCAACCUGUCUUCAGCCCUGGUACGCAUGAUGGAGGGAAGAACACAGAUCCUCUGAUCAUCAGUCCAGUGUGUGUUCAGGGACCCCACUGAAUGCCCAGCACAUUGCAUCUUUCUUCGAGUACCCAGCCUUGAAGCAUGCAUUCAUACACUCAAUGUUCAUUAUUAUUAUUGGACACCUAUUGGGGCCAAGUGCUGUGGGUAUUAUAAUGAAUAAGAAAACAGUCCCUGUGCCCAAGGAGCUUAAAGAAUAGUAGCAGAGGUAAGCUAGACACACAAAUAUUGCUAAACCACAUGCACCAGUGACAUCCAAUGGGUUUCAGAGGAGGAAGUGCUUGGCCGUUGCUUAAUAACUUGUAUGAGUUAGCACCUUCCUCUGCUCCUGAGGCAGAAGAUUCUGCCCUCAUUUUCCCUCUGGACAUGUCCCUUUAUUCUGUCCUUCCCUGUCAAGAGGACAUUGGAAGCCUGGAGAGAAACCAAGGAGGCUGGAUUGUUUAUAAAAAUAUUUUUGUAUCUGGAUUAAUAAACUCUGAUUGGUAUUAAUAU